GGAUGUGUUGGAGGCACGAGAGAGAAGGCUGUUCCGUUGGUUUUCUUCUUCAAAAUCCUCCUCUUAUAAACUCAAACACGCCUCUUCCUCUUGUUCAUGCAAAAGAAAAAUUCAAACCCUACUCUCAUUCGAUUUCGCCAUUCACGUACUUAAUCCAUUGCAGACGUUACGCACACUCGCCGACCAACCACCAUUUCUCUCGUUCCAGAAACUGGUAUUUUGAGACGUUCCAUCUGCGGUCAAGAAUGGUGCACUACAUGCAUCAAUGUCGGUCACCAACUCUCCAGACCGCGAAUCCUGAUGCAGUAGCACUCGAAUUCAACCGUCCGGCAAUUGAUCUCAAUCGUCUGGCUCAGGACGAUCAGAUGGACGAUCAGGAUCCGAAUUCAUCCGUCUCCAAUUGCAGGACUAUUGUCUCUGCCGGUCAAUCCGGCACUCCUCCGUUUCUGUUCAUCGGCAGCGGGUUGAUGGAACUUGGCGAGAGAGACAAGGCCUAUCGCCUUAUCAAGGAGAGAUUUGUUUCGAGGCUAGCUGCGUCUGGGGUGCAAGUUACCUUGGUGGCAAUCCACCAGAAUUGCUACUCUGGUGUCUCGGCGAAAGGACGGGCCCAAGCGUUUCAAGUUCACUCGCAGGCAGUGCAGAUGAGAGGUGGUGACAACACUGCCAACAUAGUGCACGCGUGGUACGCCACCUCGAAGGAAGAGGUAUCCAAGAUCUUGUCCUAUGGAUUUGGCUACAGUGGGAAGCCUGAGAACAAUGGCUUGUAUGGUUGUGGAGUUUAUUUGGCUCCUCAUGAUCAUCUUCUCGAAAGUGUUAAAUCCGCUUCUAUCGAUGAAGAUGGCCUGAGGCAUCUUUUGCUUUGCCGGGUCAUACUGGGGAAAUCGGAGCUUGUCAGUCCUGGCUCGGAACAGUCUCAUCCCAGUUCGGAGGAGUUUGACUCGGGAGUCGACGACUUAUCAUCUCCUAGGAGAUACAUUGUUUGGAGCACCCAUAUGAAUACUCACGUGUUGCCGGAGUACAUUGUCAGCUUUAAAGCCCCUUGUUGCUGGAGAGGGUGCUUGGCAACUCCGGAGAAGUCAUUGAAAUCGACUUCCACUUGGAUACCAUUUCCGGUUAUGAUUUCGGAACUCUAAAAAAUCUUACCUCCAUCUCGUGUCAGUUUAAUCUCCAAGUAUCAUAAGGACUUCAAAGAGAGAAAGAUUCCAAGGCAUGAGCUGAUACAAAAAUUCAGGCAAAUAGCAGGGGACAGGUUGCUGAGCGGAAUCUUUGAAAAUCUCAGAACUAAGCAAUUUGGGGCGUCAAGCGGCUGAUUAUGGUAUUGUGGAUGGACUUGAUAAUGAAUGAGGUGUGAGGCGUGUUAAUAAGAUUGGUUUUCAUUUUGAUGAGUUCCUAGCACACAUCAGUCCGAGGCAAUGGUACACAAGAUGUGGAGGAGGAGGCCCAUCCGGCAUCAUAGAUAGGAAAAAGAAUCCUUUGGAAUUUUUUUAAUCUGCUGA